CUGUGUGUGUCUGUCCGAGGGCGGGGGUGGGGGUGGGGGAAGGGAGCAGGGAUCGUGUAUCUUUAUAAUCUUUCUAACUCUCCUGUGCUAAUCUCAGAGGGACCACCCUCAAUAUAUCUGGAUUAUCCAUGUGGUCAGGCUGCCUCCUUUCUGCUCCACUCUCAUUGCUGGCUGGGCUGCAUGUAAAUAAGGGCUGUCCUCAUGUCCCCGGCACCUGGCACUCAAAGGGUCCCGCAUCCUUGCCAUGCCACUCUGCGGAGCAUCUGUAUGUGGAAACCAAGGGACAGAGUGUCUGAGUCCUUUGCUUUCCAGAGAAUAUUUGCAUUCAAAGCAUGUCAUAUGACUGCUACCCCGUUACCCUCUAUCCAGCAGCAAUGGAUAGAGGUGAAGACCAGAGCACCACCGUCCAGGAAGGAGAGCUUCAUCCGUUUUCUUGCCAAGCUCUCUUUUUAUUUUUUCAGCUCCCUCCUGAUACACCUGAAAUUUGACCUGGGUCCUCGUCCUUCUACACCUCAAUCUGAGGGGGUUAAUGGGAAUCUACUUAUUGAACAUGUAUCCUGUAUUUCUCCUGGCCAGAGAAAUAACAAUUCUACUACCUCCCAUCAGAAACUUUACUUAUUGCCGAGGUGCCAAGCCAAUGAAGCAUUCUCACAGUCCGUGUGUCUCACAACAGAAUAUGAAUAGAGAUUACCCAGUGGGCUAUAGUCUCACAUUAAAGUAUGCUAUCCCAUGGUCCCACAGAGCCUAUUUUGAUGUGUCAGACCAUGUGUUCUGCUUGGUGUGAGAGAUGCAUUCAUUGAGUCCAUAGGUGGUAAGGCAAAUGCCCAAUUGCUCCCUGAAGGGGAGUCUUUACAGAGCCUUGACAGGCCUUCCAGUCUUCAGUCCCUCUUACACUGAAGCGCCCAUACCUCUUGAUAGCAAUGCCCACACCCAGGCACCACCCUGCACCUAGCACUCAGAUGGGGGCACACUGAUACCCAACACAGACACACAGAUAAAUAUGUACAUUCCUCCACUCGUGCUGCCCCGCACAUAAGACCUCCAGCUAAAGGCCUGCUCUCUGUCUGAAGAGGGCCAACAACAAAUACCAUUAGCACGCCUUCCCCCAAACAGGGGCACUUUUGAACUCUUUCCUUGGAUCUCAUUCAAAGGAAUAGAGAGCAAGAGAGUCAUCAGAUGCCUGCUCACUCCAACUUCCCAGCACGUCUCUUAUCUCUGCUUCACAAGUCACCCCUGGCCCCUCAUCCUUCCCUUGCUGGAGAAAUUCUCGGUUUCUUUCUUUGCCAUCUUUGGGAAAAUUCCCCCUUUGUGGACCUGACCAUGUUCUUUUCCUGAGGUCAUUCUGACCAGCCAAAUCCAAUUUCAAAACAGGAAGCUCCAGGGCAGUGCUCUAUGCUAGCCCAAGGUUUAAGAAGGCUAUGGGUGUAAGGUUGAGCUUCCUGAGUGUGACCCCGAACACACACACACACACACCCUGGCUGUGCCUAGAACCUGAGAGAAUUCAUUAGCCGUGGGCACUUAUCUUGGAGCCACAGCUGCUGACAGAGUCCAGGCCCUGUACUCUGCUGCCCUGAGCCUGCAGUGCCAUGGGGAACUGUCUGAACCCGGUGGAAACCCUCUCACUAGACAAGAAUGAAACUCAGUUUACUUUGGAAAACUGGAAUUAUUUGGAUGAAGAUUUGUAUAACGCCUCCUAUGAAUACACGAAUGACUACAGCCUGAUGCCAGCUGCUCCCUGCUACUCCUGUAACCUGCUUGACAGGUCUUCACUGCCCUUCUUCAUGCUCACCAGUGUCCUGGGUGUGCUGGCAAGUGGCAGCAUCCUCUUCGCGAUUCUCAGAUCUUUCUUCCACUGGCAGAUUUGCCCCAACUGGCCCAUUCUGGCACAGGUAGCAGUGGGCAGUGCCCUGUUCAGCACUGCAGUGCCCAUCCUGGCACCAGGCUUAUACAAUGCCCACAGCACAGCCCUGUGCAAUCUGGGUUACUGGGUCUGGUAUACUUCUGCUUUUGCUCAGGCUCUGUUGAUAGGAUGCUAUGCUUGCCUGAACCCCAAACUGAAUGUUGGUCAAGUCCCUGGCCUUACCUUGGGACUCAGUGUGGGACUUUGGGGAGCAGCUGCUCUCUUGGGGCUGCCAAUCGCUCUGGCCAGUGAUACUUACAGUGGGUUGUGCACCUUUCCGUCCUCCAGAGACACGGAAGCUUUGAAGUACACCCAUUGUGCCAUCUGUUUUACCAUCUUCACUGUAUUGCCACUGGUUCUUUUGGCAGCCAAGGGGCUGAAGAUAGCAUUGAGCAAGGGGCCAGGCCCCUGGGUUAGUGUCUUGUGGAUCUGGUUCAUUUUCUGGUGGCCUCAUGGGAUGGUUCUCAUAUUCGAUGCCUUGGUGAGGUCCAAAACCAUUCUUUUGCACACAUGCCAGUCCCAGAAGAUUCUUGACGCAAUGCUGAAUGUGGCAGAGGCCCUGAGUAUGCUGCACUGUGUGACUACACCACUGCUCCUGGCUCUGUUCUGCCACCAGACCACCCGUCGAUCCUUGCCCUCGCUCUCCCUCCCUGCAAGACAGGCUUCUCAAAUGGACACCCUUGUGGGAAAGUCCUAAGUUUUAUUCCCCCCCCCACAUACAUGUCAACUUAAAUUAAAGUCAUAUACUGCUUUUAUGAA